UGCCUAUCUACAGAAAUUCUGUCGAUGACGGUUAUACAGCAAAAUAAGUAAAAAUGGCGGUCACCAUAGAUUCUGUGAGGGAAAAAGCCCUUCAAGAUUAUCGAAAAAAGCUUUUAGAACAUAAAGAAGUUGAGUCACGUUUAAAGGAAAUGAGAGAACACCUCAAGGAUCUGACAAAACAAUAUGACAAGUCUGAAAAUGAUUUAAAGGCAUUACAAAGUGUUGGACAGAUUGUUGGAGAAGUAUUGAAACAACUUACGGAAGAAAAGUUCAUAGUAAAAGCAACUAACGGUCCACGCUAUGUUGUUGGAUGUAGGCGUCAAUUGGAUAAAAAUAAAUUAAAAUCUGGGACCAGAGUUGCUUUAGAUAUGACAACUCUUACUAUUAUGCGUUACUUGCCACGUGAGGUUGACCCAUUAGUUUAUAACAUGUCUCAUGAAGAUCCUGGCGACGUGACAUAUUCUGCAAUUGGUGGUUUGAGUGAACAGAUACGCGAAUUGCGUGAAGUUAUAGAAUUGCCAUUAUUAAAUCCUGAACUUUUCCAAAGAGUUGGAAUCACUCCUCCCAAGGGAUGCUUGUUAUAUGGCCCUCCGGGUACGGGAAAAACGUUAUUGGCAAGAGCUGUUGCUAGUCAGUUAGAUGCAAAUUUUUUGAAAGUGGUCUCAAGCGCUAUUGUUGACAAAUAUAUUGGAGAAUCAGCCAGGCUAAUUAGAGAAAUGUUCAAUUACGCUCGUGAUCAUCAACCUUGUAUAAUAUUUAUGGACGAAAUUGAUGCUAUUGGUGGCCGCAGAUUUUCGGAAGGGACAAGCGCCGAUCGAGAAAUCCAGAGAACCUUGAUGGAGUUAUUGAAUCAGAUGGACGGAUUUGAUUCAUUGGGUCAAGUUAAAAUGAUAAUGGCUACAAACAGGCCUGAUACCUUAGAUCCUGCAUUAUUACGGCCAGGAAGGUUAGACAGGAAGAUUGAAAUACCACUACCUAAUGAACAAGCUCGUUUAGAGAUUUUAAAGAUACAUGCCUUGCCAAUUGCCAAACAUGGCGAAAUCGAUUACGAGGCAGUGGUUAAACUCUCUGAUGGAUUUAAUGGCGCUGACUUAAGAAAUGUGUGCACAGAAGCUGGCCUGUUCGCAAUACGAUUAGAAAGAGAAUAUGUAAUACAGGAAGAUUUUAUGAAGGCUGUCAGAAAGGUUUCUGACAAUAAGAAACUCGAAUCGAAAUUAGAUUACAAACCUGUGUAAUUCUCGACGCAAUACUGUCAUUUUACAUUUAAAAAGUAAUGUUAGAUGUCCUUGUAUGAUCCAAGUUGGAUCUCAUUCAAUAUAUUGCCUUGCUAUAUUAUUUUAUUUUUAUUUUCUAUAGUGAAAUUAUAUUUCUGUAAAAGUUUACUCAACAUUAACACAUUAGCAGAUUUGUACGAUAAAUUGAAGACCUUGCAACGGAAAAUCUUACAACAAUAGUGGAAUAAAUCUACAUUUUGUAAACAUAGAAAAAAUAAACUGAAAUUAAACUAAUAGAAAAAGUAAAUUUUUUAUUGUUUCUACAAUAUGUGGGAUAUUAGCUCGCUGUUACCGUGAGGUCUUCAAUUACUAAUUUCAUAUAAUUUAAAACAAUUGAUGUAAAAUAAAUAGAUACAUUUAUGUCUCUCUAAUUUCAUUUGGUUACUGCAAAUAUAAUGUUUAUUUGCAAUAAUUCUGGUAUUAAAUACCAAGAUACAAAAAUAUCGAACAUAAUCAUUGUAUUUAAAACAUUUGUAAGAAUGUUUAUUAUAAUCUAAUCUGUA